AUGCUAGAUCUGGAUUAUAAUGAUGAUCAUCGGACCAUUACAGGAACCACCGCCAUGCUACCACAACCACCGCAACGCCACCUGAACCACCAAAGUGGCGCUUCUUCACUCUCUCCAUAUUUACUUAUUCACCAUCUCCCUCCGUAUCUACAUUUACUGCUGCCAGAUCCACCUGACUGCAACCUCUUCACUCUCUCUAGAUCAGCGAGUUUCUUGAAUUUUCCACCGCCUCUCCGAUCAAAUGUCAUUUCUAUUCUCUCUUCCCAUUCCACUGUUCUUUCCGAUCAGAUCACGGAAGCUAUUGUUGGCAAUGAUUAUGAUUGUUUUCCCUUAAUGUUCAACUUUAGGCAUGUGAACAAGAAGUUUAGCAAUCAAUACAAGGAAACAAUAGGAGCUGAUUUCUUGACAAAAGAAGUGGAAUUUGAGGAUAGGCUCUUCACUCUACAGAUCUGGGAUACAGCUGGACAUGAAAGAUUUUAG